AGCUGUACCCAGACACGCCAGAUGGAUACAGUUGGACUCGGUGGACGCAUCAUUACGCACCAGACCAACUACUGAGAAAAUAAGGGAGAUAUAUAUAUAUAUAUAUAUAUACAUACACACCAAGUGGUCAGUUAUACCGCUGUGUUAAAUGGAAACCGGUUGUUUCACCGCGGCGCAGCGUAUUUCGUGCCACGCCAUGAAUGCGGAUUUAUUUAAGCCUGUUCCGGAGCGUGGACCCCAACAGUCCUCUGCCCCGGUGAAAACCAGCAGGAAUAAACCCGAACAAACCAAACCAGAGCUGGCCCAGGUGGUGACAGACUCCAAGACGGGAAGAUCCUACAGUAAAGGAAAGCUUUUGGGAAAGGGUGGCUUUGCUCGAUGCUACGAGAUGACAGACCUCUCCAACAACAAAAUGUAUGCGGUGAAGGUGAUUCCACAGAGCAGGGUGUCCAAACCACACCAGAGGGACAAGAUAACGAAUGAGAUUGAACUCCACAAAACCCUGUCGCACAAGCAUGUGGUGAAAUUCUCUCAUCAUUUCGAAGACCAAGAAAACAUCUACAUAUUCCUGGAGCUCUGCAGUCGGAAGUCCCUGGCACACAUUUGGAAGGCGAGACACACGCUCACAGAGCCAGAAGUGCGAUAUUACCUCAAACAGAUCAUAUCCGGCCUCAAGUACCUCCACAGCAGAGGGAUCCUUCACAGAGAUCUCAAACUAGGCAACUUCUUUGUCAAUGAGAACAUGGAGCUGCGGCUGGGCGACUUCGGCCUCGCUGCUAAGCUGGAGACAGUGGAGCAGAGGAAAAAAACCAUCUGUGGGACUCCCAACUACUUGGCCCCUGAGGUGCUCAACAGGCAGGGCCACGGCACAGAGUCUGACGUCUGGUCCCUCGGAUGUGUCAUGUACACACUGAUGUGCGGCAGCCCUCCCUUUGAGACUCUUGACCUGAAGGAGACGUACAAGUGUAUAAAGGAAGUUAAGUACAACUUGCCAUCCACGCUUUCCCCUGCGGCACAGAAACUCAUCUCCGGCAUCCUGCAGAAAAACCCCACGGACAGAUUCUCACUGGAUCAAAUCCUCAACCACGAAUUCUUCACCAAGGGUUUCACUCCUGAUAAGCUUCCCCCCAGCAGCUGUGUGAUGGUGCCAGAGCUCCACCCUCCCAGCCCUGCCAAGAAAUUCUUCAGUAAAAUGGCCAAGAGCCUCUUUGGCAAAAAGAAACCAAAAGUGGAGAAGAUUCCAUGCGAGGAAAAAGAUGACAAAGACAUUUCCAAGCUGGUGUCAGGCAUCGUUAAAUGUUCCAUCAACAGACAAAUCAGCUACAAGACAGUGGGACUCAAUGAGGUGCCCUCUCCCGCCACCGGUCAGGUGGUCAGCUCUGUGCCUCUGGAACAGACUCCUGCUGAGGAGGAAUCCAGGAAGUCAAUUUCACGCUCCUUCAAGGGCACCAUGGCCAGCAGCACUGAACCAUGUGAGGAUGUCCUGACCCCUGCAGCUGUCGCUGAAUCGGCCAUGAAAGUUCUCAACAGCUGCCUGGCUACCAUGCCUGCAGCCACUAGGAACCCACCCUGUUUGUCCAGGCCACAGUCCUUCCUGUGGGUGACUAAAUGGGUCGACUACUCAAACAAAUAUGGUUUUGGCUACCAGCUCUCGAACCAAAGCAUUGGUGUGCUCUUCAAUGAGGGAACACAUCUCAGUCUUUGUGACCAACGCAAGACAGUCCACUACUGCUUGACCAACAACGAACACUUCACUUUCCCUGCCAGCUCUCUACCAGAGCAGCUUCGCAGCCAGAGACAAAUUGUAGAGCUCAUGGCUAAUUACAUGGAGCAGAACCUUAUGGAGGGUGGAGAUCUGCAUUGUGAGGAGCAAGUCUCAGGUCCUCCUCCUCUGCUGCUCCAGUGGGUGAAGACUGACCAUGCGCUUGUCAUGCUCUUCAACAAUGGCACUCUACAGGUUAACUUCUACACAGACCACACCAAGAUCAUCCUGUGCAAGUCCUCUGAUGACUCCUACCUGCUCACCUACAUCAGCCGGGAACGCGUCUCAUGCACUUACCUCCUCAGCAUGCUCAUUGAGAUGGGCUGCACCUCAGAGCUAAGACACCGACUGCGAUAUGUGGUCCAGCUGCUCCAACACCACGCUGAUGCCUGAGAGCACAGCUCAGUGCCUCCCAGGCUGCCUGAUUGGCAGAUGCCUUGGAGGCAACUUGACUGGUUAACACCUCUUCUUAGGCAUCUUGACUGACUGAUAUCAUUUCUUAAGGCAGUGCCGGGAGGAGCUGACGCCUGUUCAGUUGACAGAUGGAAGGCUGCUCAGAGCAAGCAAAUAUUCUCCUCUGGACUGGUGCUUAGGCAGCUGAUGAUCAAAUUGCUUGACCUUGAUAAACAUCAAGCAGUCAGGAAGUUGCCCAAUGCAGCAUCUGCCUCAAGGGUUUGUGCCUGUCGAGCUUAUGCCUCAAAGGUAUCCACCUGGAAGGUAGUGGUACCUAAAAUAAAAGACUCCUACCUGGUCUGAAAUGAUGGAUCCCUCACAGGCAGAUGCAUAAAUGAACACCCAAACUCCCAAUUACCUUCCCUCACUCACUCAAAACCACUGCUUCUUGGCUGGAUCUUUCAAAGCCACCAACCAACCCUGCAGCUUUCAGCUUCCCCUGAUAGGCGAUAACCCAGGCAUGGUGUCUCAAAGGUAAAUAAACACUAAAAUUGUCUUAUUUGCUUGCAAUGGAACAAGGAUAAUUUUAGCUCCAUUUUCCAAAAGUAUUUUAGCAGCAAGGUUAUCUACGCCGUUGACUUGCACUGGACCCGUGAUCUUACUGCAGAGAUGCUUUGGGAAGAAUUGUGGUUUGAUUGGGGAGAGAGAGACCCUUCUACCCUCGGUUGGUUUCUGGCCUUUUGGAAUAUGGCGCGCACAUUCUUUUUUUUUUUUUUUUUUUUUUUUCUUCUUUAAAAAAAAAUAAAAAAUUAGCCAGCUAUAGGAUCACACUACGAUCUUUACCACACAUGCACAAAUAACAUUCCUGGCCUUAUUUUAUGAUGGUGAUGCUGAAGUUCGGAGAAAGUCAUAGCUUCCUCUGCUCCAAUGUCAUUUUUGUCUUUUUUUUUUUUUCCUUCUUUUUUUGUAUGUGUGUGUUUUUGUUUGCUAGUUAUUUGAAACAAAUUUCACUGAUGUGGUACACAACACACUUAAGGGGCUAUGGGAGCAACACAAUUUUGCACUUUUUUUGUUUGAUUUUUUUAAGUUCAUCUGGAAAGCAAAACUUUUUACUACCACUGUUAUAUUUUAUUUGUUUUUAACUAGAUACCGAAAGGCAUUUUCUUUGUUGGUUUUUAAAAUGAUUGUUUUAAAUUCACAAUACAGUAGGUGACUGUGUGUGCGCCACAGAUGAGCUGGUAAACGAAACUGUUGGUUGGAAAAUGAGGGUGGGGGGGUGGGGGUUAAAAGUGCCUUUCUGAGGGAUGUCUGUAUAGUGCAAUAACAACCCUUUGUGAAUGUCAAGCUGGAUACAAACAAGAUUCAAGAUGAGUUUUACAGGUGGGAUUUACUUUUGUACUUUGCAUUAAGUUUAAAAGUAAGUCCAAUAGCACUACACUCUCACUACCUGGUAUAAGCUUUUAGAACUGGUAUCAUAAAUAUAUAUCCCAGUAAUAUCUACUAUGGAAAAAAGAAAACAUUGUACUCUGUUGUACUGUAAUCCUUAUCGGUUUACAUUGCUUUCUCGACCCAGAGUUGUAUCCUAAAAACUGUGACCUGGAAUGCAAGUAUUACGUACAUGUGUUUUCAAAAAAUCCAACAUUGUGAAAGCCAUCUGCCAAUUCAGAAGAGUCUUAUUUUUUGGCACAUAAUGUCCUGUUUAUUUAUUUUUUUAUUUAUACAUGUUUUAUUUAUUAUGUAAAUGUUACGGUCUUGACACAAGGAAAUGUUCAAUUCUGAUCACCUUUUGUAUGUAACAUUUGGGGGGGAUGGGAUAAAAAUAAAGUUUAUUAAAAAUUAA